ACAAGAAGAGUUGGUGUUCUUGCGUCGUCCUCGCUGUGAUCGAGCGGCCGGGAGGGAUGGCAUCCGCCAUGACCGGCCAGACUUCGUCUCUCAAGCGGCGGGAUACAACGGCCGCGACGGCGGGGCCGAGGGAGGGGGAUCAGCUUAUCGUCACCCCGUUGGGGGCGGGCAGUGAGGUGGGCAGGUCCUGCGUCUACAUGUCCUACAGAGGAAAGAUCGUCUUGUUUGAUUGUGGGAUUCAUCCGGCCUACUCUGGGAUGGCUGCACUGCCUUAUUUCGACGAGAUUGAUCCCUCGACUAUUGAUGUGCUUCUCGUCACACAUUUUCAUCUUGAUCAUGCUGCAUCGCUUCCAUACUUCUUGGAAAAGACUACGUUUAAAGGUCGGGUUUUCAUGACUCAUGCUACAAAGGCUAUUUACAAGCUUCUUUUGUCGGACUAUGUCAAAGUGAGCAAAGUUUCAGUUGAGGAUAUGCUCUAUGAUGAGCAAGACAUACUUCGCACGAUGGAUAAAAUUGAGGUUAUUGAUUUUCAUCAGACUGUGGAAGUAAAUGGGAUUCGCUUUUGGUGCUACACUGCUGGUCAUGUCCUAGGCGCUGCCAUGUUCAUGGUUGACAUUGCUGGUGUCCGGGUGCUCUACACUGGAGACUACUCCCGUGAGGAAGAUCGCCAUCUCCGUGCUGCUGAAAUCCCCCAGUUCUCACCGGACAUCUGUAUCAUUGAGUCCACAUAUGGCGUGCAGCUCCACCAGCCCCGCCUUAUACGGGAGAAACGAUUUACGGAUGUCAUCCACUCGACAAUCUCUCAAGGCGGUCGUGUGCUCAUCCCUGCUUUUGCUCUUGGCAGAGCCCAAGAGUUGCUCCUUAUCCUUGAUGAGUAUUGGUCGAACCACCCUGAGUUCCAUAACAUUCCGAUAUAUUAUGCCUCUCCCCUUGCCAAAAGGUGCAUGGCUGUCUAUCAGACCUACAUAAAUGCAAUGAAUGAGAGGAUCAGGAACCAAUUUGCAAAUUCGAACCCCUUUGACUUCAAGCACAUUUCUCCAUUGAAGAGCAUAGAGAAUUUUGAUGAUGUUGGUCCCUCAGUUGUGAUGGCAAGUCCAGGUAGCUUACAAAGUGGUCUCUCGAGGCAACUAUUUGAUAAAUGGUGCUCAGAUAAGAAAAAUGCUUGUGUGCUUCCUGGGUAUGUAGUGGAGGGUACUCUCGCCAAAACUAUCCUCAAUGAGCCCAAAGAAGUCACCCUCAUGAAUGGUCUCACUGCUCCUCUUAACAUGCAAGUAUACUACAACUCUUUUUCAGCUCAUGCAGACUUUGCACAGACAAGUGCUUUUUUAAAUGAGCUUAUGCCACCAAACAUAAUUCUUGUACAUGGAGAAGCCAAUGAGAUGGGAAGGCUUAAGCAGAAGCUUAUAGGCCAAUUUGCGGAUAAAAAUACAAAAAUCAUGACACCUAAGAAUUGCCAAUCAGUAGAGUUGUACUUCACUUCUGAGAAGAUGGCUAAAACUAUUGGAAGGCUAGCUGAGAAGACACCAGAAGUAGGAGAAACAGUUAGUGGCUUACUUGUCAAGAAGGGUUUUACAUAUCAGAUAAUGGCACCGGAUGAUCUUCAUGUCUUCUCUCAGCUUUCUACUGCAAACAUUACCCAGAGGAUAUCCAUCCCUUAUUCUGGUGCUUUUUCAGUUAUAAAGCAUAGGCUGAAGCAAAUAUAUGAAAGCGUUGAGGCUCCUAUAGAAGAGCCUGAUGUACCUACAUUGAUUGUGCAUGACAGAGUGACAAUACGGCAGGAAACGGAGAAAUAUGUGACAAUGCAGUGGCCAUCUGACCCAAUUAGCGAUAUGGUAUCUGACUCUGUGGUUGCUAUGAUCUUGAACAUCAGCCGAGAAGGUCCAAAGGUAACAGCUGUUGCAGAAGCUGAGAAGACACAAGAAGAGAUGGAGAAAAUGGCCCAUAAAGUCAUCUACAGUUUACUGGUUUCCCUUUUUGGGGACGUCAAGGUUGGAGAGGAAGGAAAGUUGAUUGUCACUGUUGAUGGGGACGUCGCACGGCUGGAUGGAAAGAAUGGUGAAGUAGAGUGUGAUAACGAGGGUUUAAAGGAGAGGGUGAAAACAGCAUUCCGGCGGAUCCAGAGUGCUGUGAGGCCUAUCCCACUUUCAGCAUCCUGAUUCAUCUUGUUAAGGAAUGACGGUUCAAAGGAGAGGGUGGAAACAGCAUUUCGGCGGAUAGAGUACUGUGAGGCCUAUCCCACUUUCAGCAUCCUGAUGCAUAUUGUCAAAGAAACUCUGAGCUCACCAUGUUCCGUGCAAUAGUCUCAGAUGUACUGUUAGAAUCCAUCCUGAUGCAUAUUGUCAAAGAAACUCUGAGCUGACCAUGUUCCGUGCAAUAGUCUCAGAUAUACUGUUAGAAUCCAUUAUCGUUAUUGUAACAUUAUUGUUUCUGAGUUUCCUUAUAUGACAUUUGACAGUAUUUUUCAUCGUCGCUAACCUUUUGGUU